AUGAACCCCAUGAAGACUCUCCGAGCGUCAACCUCGGCUGAGGAUUUACGGGGCUUGUUCUGGCACCUGUUCCGUAUCGCUGUGUCACUCUCGCUGCUGCUUGUGGAUAAUACUGUUCUACUAAUGGCAGUGUUACUCUCCCGACUCCACCGCGCUGCCGAUCGGCGUCCGGCAGCAUCGAAAGGGGUGCAGCUCUACCCAAAGACGGUGCUGAUCACGGGAGUCGGUACACCGCACGGUCUGGCUCUCGCGAGAGCCUGGGAAGCUGAAGGCCACCGCGUAGUGGGUGCGGAUGUCGCCGACCUCGAUCUUCCCAUUCGAUCAGGCGGGAGCAUGUCCAAGACACUGCUCGCAUUCUACCGAGUUCCCAAGGGCCACUAUAUCUCGCGAAUCCUGGAUAUCAUCCAUCGCGAGAAGAUCGACCUCUGGAUUCCAUGCUCGCCCAAGGCGACCGCCAUCGAAGAUGCCACAGCUCGACAAGUCAUCGAGAGCCGAACUAAUUGCAGAUGCAUUACAUUUGAUACCGAGCUAAUCACAUGUUUUGUUCGCCCGGAUUCCUUCAGGGAAUUUCUGGAGGAACGAGAUCUCCCCGUACUAUCCUACUAUCAGGUGCAGUCGCGCGAUUCUAUUCACAAAAUAUUGCACCGGUCACCGACCAAGUCCUAUCGCCUCAGCUCGGGUGGAAGCGAGGCAGCCGUCUCUCUGCCAAAGCGUACUCUCAGCAAGACGUACUUGGAGGUUAGCGAGAUCAAAAUCUCGAAAGAACAUCCGUGGGUCUUGCAGCAGCAGACUCGACUGGGAGAGUUCUUUGCAGACGUACUGGUUGUACGAGGACAUAUCCAUGCCAUCAAGGUUCGACUCUCAGAUGCUCGUUCUCCUCACUGGGGUGCUUCACGACUCGAUGAAGGCCUGGCUGCCGCUAUCCAUCGCCUCAUGCAGAGUUUCGCGACCGAAGGAGGCCAACGUAUGACCGGUCAUCUGUCCGUUCGGCUGCUGGUCGACGAGGACUUCGAUGUCUCGUCCGUUCGUCAUACUAUCCACAUUGCGGAUUGUGUCCCGGGCGCCGCAGCUGUCGAGAAUCUCCUGCGUGAUGCCACGUGCCCUAUCUCUGGGUACCUCGCAGCCCUCCAUUCGGAGCCAACAGAAGCUCCCCCUUGGAAGGUGACGGCGACCUUAUCGCCCAACUCACCUCCAAAGUCGGCUGUCAUGGCGAACGAGCUUGUGAUUCAUCUUCUCCCGCGUUCCCUGCCGCUCGAGUUCAUCAAAGAUGUGAUCACAAAGCUCGAAGCAGAACUGGUGCCCUUCCUGUUCUGGAUGAAUCCGCAGUUCUCAUUUCUCGACCCGUUGCCUUGGUGGUGGCAUGUCCACUUUUACCAGCCACUGCGAGAGGUUUGGGUGCUGUUGAGGCGGACUCGAGCCUCGGGGUUGACUGGUCGUGUCGAUGGUUGA